CCGUUGGUCCGCUGUGCGCUUUCACCGGAUCUGUUCCUUAUUCUUUCAGUUUCAAGCACCAGAACAACCAUGAAGUUUUUCUCCAGAACAACCAUGAAGAACUUGAUUCUCUUGCUGGCUGCAUGUACCAUCCUGUUGAUGGCAUCGACCACUGUAUCUGCCCAAGAUACUAAUGAUACCACUCCAGAUGAUGAAACAUUGAUUGUCCCCGGCAAUGCCGCUUGGUUGGGCAACUAUGGCAGUGGCGACGGCACACCGCCCAUUGACGACUACUUGCCAAUAUCGUUUGUCAUUUUUGGCAACAACUCGGUCGCCAUUGCUAGAGUGAUGGUGGCACCCGACCAAGACUGUCCAAAGGUAAUGGUGGCAGACGGUGCUUCAACGGAAGGAUAUGACGUGCCCAUCACUACAUUGCGUGCCCGUGGCGACGCCACAUUGCCCCGUGCUUUUCCCAUUUCCGUUUGUGAAACCAAACUCGUCACCCAGGCACAAAAGGAAGCGUGGUCGAACCGUGACAUUUAUUUUGAGGGCAUUGAUCAGAAUGUCGUCAUUCCGACCAACCCAAAACGCUUUUUGUUAAUGGCCGACACGGGCAUGCGGGUCAAACCCAAGAAUAAAUUGUGUCCAGACGGCCCAAAGCUGUAUGGGGUCCAACAAUGCCCGGCCAAUCUUACCGAACGCGAACUGGAUGCCGACUAUCAAGAGGGUUUGUUUGGUUCGGACAUUGGGGAUUUUCAAGGACUGGACGAAUGGCACUUUGCUACUGUGUUGGAUCAUGCCUUUCAAGAGAAUGUCGACGUGGUCGUCAUGGCAGGCGAUUAUUUGUAUCGACAAGGCGUCUGUCCCAAUGUCACGGGGGUCGAUUGUGUCCCCAUCAAUGGGCCGCCGUCCUUUGAGGAUAUUGCCCCAGGAGAGGUCAUUAAUUUCUUACCGGGAACGUGGGGGGAUAAUUUGGCAGGAUGGUGGGCCGAUUUCUUUUACCCCGCGCAUCAGCAUUUGCGGAGUAUUCCCUUCAUUACACCAAAGGGCAAUCAUGAGGAUUGUACCCGAGGUGGUCAUGGAUACAUGCUGCUACUAGCCGAAUCGGAUUAUCCGGUCAAUACACGUGCGGGCGAUUACUGCGAGGGCUACUUUGUAGGAACCUACCGCAUGCCCUUUGAACAUGAACAGUUUCUAUCCUUGGAUGACAGCAUGAUUGAGCCACUGAACAAGGGCAUUGAUCACUUCAAUUUCACAGCGGGUGCUUGUCCACAAAAAGGCCCGCAACCCGUCUUGGCCACUCCACAAAAUCGAUUGACGGACCCCGAGGAGAACUCUACCUCUGUCCAGGAACAAAUUGCAUACUAUUCGAGUGUUAUGGAGGAACUGUAUUGGAAUUCCUUGACGCACGAUACCAACUUUUAUGUCGCCCAUCGACCCGUCUUUGGGAUUGGCUGUGAUGGCGACGAAAUGGCAACAUUGGAUUGGACCAUGCAACAAGCCAUGCGCAAUCAUACACUGGAUCGUGUCUCGGCAUGCAUCAAUGGUCAUAUGCACUGGUUGGAGGCACUCGAGUUUGAGGACUAUGCCUUGCCCAAUCAACUUGUGGUGGGACAUGGUGGCACGAAAUUGAUUGACAACUAUGUCAAUCAAGACAUUUUUGAUGGUGGAGUGCGGCUGGAAGUUGGAAAGAAUGGGCAUUUGCAAGGAACAGUCAAGUCGGGCUUUAGUCAAGCUGAAAUGGUUGGAUAUGCCGUCAUGGAACGGAACGAUGAUUUGAGUUACACAGUGACAUUCAAGGGAUACAAUGUGACGACAGAUGAGAUGGAAACCUUUGACUAUGUCAUGAACUUUCCCAAAGGUCCUCGAGUUGCCACCCCCGGUAAUGGUACGGGCAGUGAAAGUGGAAGUGACACCGGCAGUGAAAGUGACACUGGCGAUGGCGAUGGCAGUGGAGGAAUAUCCAUCUUGGCUAAGACUGGCUUGAUUGCUGCCGUCGUUUCUACCUUGCUAUUUUCAGAAUUUCUGUAAGGCGGAAAAGUCCUUCAACGAUACCAAAUUGCAAACGGUACUUUUGCAAAUCUUGGUACUUUCUUUAAUAAAACUCGUGAUCUGUUGAAGCUGAGUGUGGUUUGUGUGCACGUGGUA